AUGUCCACCAAUGAGCAGGAGGUAGAAACGUUUGCCAAGAAUAUCUGGUCUUAUAUCAUGAACUUCUAUCCGGAUGGACCAAAACCAUUCCUCAAAAUGGACGUUUUAGUGACGUUACUCACCCGUACAGCAGCAAUAUUAGAGAAGGAGCCGAGCGUCCUCGAACUCACUGGAGAGGUUACGGUAAUGGGACCAAUAUAUGGCGAAGGUGAUUCCCUGAUCACUUUGCUUUCACUAGUAGGAAUGCCACCGCAGAAGACAUUCCUGUUUCUCGGAUGUUACUUUGGGCUCGGCUUCGCGCCCCUGGAAAGUUUAAUGCUGCUUUUUUGUAUGAAAUGUCUUUUUCCAACAAAAGUUUACCUACUCAAAGGCCAUCUCGAAGAGCCUGCAUCGAUCAAG